GGCUCCGCGGAGGGGCCGGCGGGCGGAGUGGGCCCGGAUCCGGAGGCUUGAGGGACGCGCCGGGGCGGCGAGGCUCGCGGCCUGAGGUACUUUUAAGUGGGGAGAUUUAUUAAAUUGAUCUGCAUCAGAUGCAGGAUGUCUAAGAUGAUACAUAACUAGAAUUGAUGAUUCAAGCCAGAAUUCUUGAAAUUUGGUUUGAAGGAGCAUCCCUGAAGAUGUCAACACUGAGGAUUUGGCUAACACAAGCUUUGCUUAUUUUUAUCACCACUGAAUCUAUAGGUCAAAUUGUGGAACCAUGUGGUUAUAUCUACCCCGAGUUUCCGGUUGUGCAGCGUGGCUCUAACUUCACUGCCAUUUGUGUGCUAAAGGAAAAGUGUCUUCAGCAGUAUGACGUGAAUGCUAGCUUCAUCGUGUGGAAGACAAACCAUGUUGCUGUUCCCAAGGAGCAGGUCACCGUCAUCAACAGAACCACAUCUAGUGUCACCUUCACAGACAUGAUCCUCCCGACGGUCCAGCUCACCUGCAAUGUCUUGUCAUUUGGGCAGAUCGAACAGAACGUGUACGGAACCACCGUACUUUCAGGCUUUCCCCCAGAUAUACCUACAAAUUUGAGUUGCAUUGUGAACGAGGGGAAGAAUAUGCUGUGUCAGUGGGACCCAGGAAGGGAGACGUUCCUGGAAACAAACUACACGUUGAAGUCCGAGUGGGCAACAGAAAAGUUUCCUGACUGUCUAACAAAGCAUGGCACCUCGUGCAUGGUGAGCUAUCCUCCUAUCUACUUUGUCAACAUUGAAGUCUGGGUGGAAGCAGAAAAUGCCCUCGGGAAGGUCUCAUCAGAGGGCAUCAAUUUCGAUCCCGUGGAUAAAGUGAAACCCAGCCCACCACAUAAUUUAUCAGUGACCAACUCAGAGGAAUUAUCCAGUAUAUUAAAGUUAACAUGGAUCAAUUCGGGUUUUGGCAGUUCUUCAAGGCUGAAAUCCGACAUUCAAUAUAGGACCAAAGAUGCCUCAACUUGGAUCCAGGUCCCUCUUGAAGAUACAGAGUCUCCCCGAACUUCCUUCACCAUCCAGGACCUUAAACCUUUCACAGAGUAUGUGUUUAGGAUCCGCUCCAUAAAGGAGGACGGCAAAGGCUACUGGAGCGACUGGAGUGAGGAGUCAAGUGGAGUCACAUAUGAGGACAGACCAUCCAAACCACCGAGUUUCUGGUUUAAGAUAAAUCCACUCCAUACUCCGGAAUCUAGAACUGUACGGCUCAUAUGGAAGGAAUUACCUCUUUCUGAAGCCAAUGGAAAAAUCUUGGAUUAUGAAGUGACUCUUACACAGUGGAAAUCAUUUUCACAAAAUUACACAGUUAAUGGUACAGAAUUGAUAGUAAAUCUCACAAAUAAUCGCUAUACAGCAUCUCUAGCAGCAAGAAAUAAGGUUGGCAAGUCAGAUCGAGCUGUCCUCACCAUCCCCAGCUCCCACUUCAAAGCCUCUCACCCUGUAGUGGAUCUUAGCGCAUUCCCAAAAGAUAAGAAGCUCUGGGUAGAAUGGACUCCUCCACCAAAGCCUGCGAAGAAAUACAUCAUCGAGUGGUGUGUGUUGUCAAAUAACUCACCCUGUGUCCCAGACUGGCAGCAGGAAGGUGGCGCCGUGACGCAGACCUACUUAAGAGGAAGCCUCCUGGAGAGCAAGUGUUACCUGAUCACCGUGACUCCAGUGUUCUCCAGUGGCCCCGGGAGCUCCGAGUCAGUCAAGGCCUACCUCAAACAGGCCGCACCUUCUAGAGGGCCCACUGUUCGGACAAAGAAAGUGGGAAAGAAUGAAGCUGUCUUAGAAUGGGAGCAGCUUCCUGUUGAUGAACAGAAUGGAUUCAUCAGAAACUACUCCAUCUCUUACAGAACCAUCAUUGGAAAUGAAAUUGUUGUGAAUGUGGAUUCUUCCCACACAGAAUAUACACUGUCCUCCUUGAGUAGUGAUACGCUGUACAUGGUCCAAAUGGCAGCAUACACAGACGAGGGUGGAAAAGAAGGUCCGGAAUUCACUUUCACAACACCAAAGUUUGCUCAAGGAGAAAUAGAAGCCAUAGUCGUGCCUGUGUGCUUAGCAUUCCUCCUGACGACUCUUCUGGGCGUCCUGUUCUGCUUUAAUAAACGAGACCUAAUUAAAAAACACAUCUGGCCUAAUGUUCCAGAUCCUUCAAAGAGUCAUAUCGCGCAGUGGUCACCUCAUACCCCCCCAAGGCACAACUUUAGCUCCAAAGAUCAAAUGUAUUCGGAUGGCAAUUUCACUGAUGUGAGCGUUGUGGAAAUAGAGACGAACAAUAAAAAGCCUUGUCCGGACGACCUGAAGUCCCUGGACCUGUUCAAGAAGGACAAAGUGAGCACGGAAGGUCACAGCAGCGGCAUUGGGGGCUCUUCCUGCAUGUCCUCGUCCAGGCCCAGCAUCUCCAGCACCGAGGAGGGCUCUGCUCAGAACACGGCCAGCACCGUGCAGUACUCCACCGUGGUUCACAGCGGCUACCGGCACCAGGUCCCCUCCGUGCAGGUCUUCUCCAGGUCCGAGUCCACCCAGCCCCUGCUGGACUCCGAGGAGCGGCCCGACGAGCUGCAGUUGGCCGAUCACGUGGACGGCAGUGAGGAGGUUUUGCCCAGGCAGCAGUACUUUAAACAGAACUGCAGUCAGCCCGAAGCCAGUCCAGAUAUUUCCCAUUUUGAAAGGUCGAACCAAGUGUCGUCGGGCAGCGAGGAGGAUUUUGUCAGACUGAAGCAGCAGCAGGGCUCAGGUCACAUCUCCCAGCCCUGCGGGUCUGAGCAGCGGAGGCUGUUUCAGGAAGGCCCUGCAGCAGAUGCUCUUGGCCCAGGGACUGAUGGACAAGUAGAGCGGUUUGAACCGGUUGGAAUGGAGACAGCAAUGGAUGAAGAAAUUCCCAAGAGUUACUUGCCACAGACUGUAAGACAAGGUGGCUACAUGCCACAGUGAAAGACUGGCCUGCACAGCCUCAGCAGGUCCUGUGAAGGGAAGCUAAAAUCCUCGUCUGUGACUUCAGUUGAAAAAUCAGCUUCACUCCUGAAGAUUAUCAUUGCCCCUGAGGUCAGAGUCUCAAGGGGCAUCUCCAUUCCAGAUGUCUGGGAUUCUCCUUCAAGGACAAAGUCACAGCAGACAUCUCCAUUCCGGAUGUCUGGGACUCUCCUCCAAGCACUACAUGAACUGACUUCAUCCUCUGAAUAGCUGAAGGACUCUGUUUCAGGAUGUUUGCACUGAAGAAAACAAAUUGUGUCUGAGAUUUAGAAAGCUUUUUGUUUGCUCCAUAGAAAGCAGAAUUCUAAUGAGCCGAGGCAUAGUACAGUGUGCUGGUUUAGUAAGACUAGUCAUCCAGAUGAGCAAAGGUCUAGACCCUCUUCAACCAACAGCAUCAUUUCAAAGUGCCAUGGGGCAGACUGUCCAGAUUUUGUCAUUUGGCAAAAGAAAUAGUGAGGCCGGGUUCAUUUCUGGUUCUACAGUUAGAGAACAUUGGCCUGCUCCCUGCUGUUUUUAUCAGUGCUGCCGGUUGUUACCGAAGGAAAGGAUGAACUUUAAAAAAUGAGCAACAGAGAAGUUCCCAUUUUCUUACUAUUACCCCCAACCUCUCCAAGCUCUGCUCAUUGAUAAGCUCUUUAAAGUGAAUUUCACCAACCCCGUAGAGGGCGUGAUAGGGCUAGCAGUGAACUCCAGCUGCAAACCAGCUCAAGCAUUCACAGAAUCGCAGUGUAAGCUGCUGACAGCUUUCUGAAUGCACACAAACACCAGGACAGAUGAUCCCAAAGGUUGGUUGAGGACGCACUUUAUACAGUAUGCCUUCAGCUCAAAAUGAUUUUAAUUGCCUCCACCUUGUUUUCGUUUUCAAGAAUAGCAAGGUGUUUACUGAAGGACAGCGUUCACCCCAGCUCCAAGCAGAACCCCAGAACACAAGCCGUCUCAAUGGCCGCCACAGUGGCUGAGGGCCUUGUCAUAUGGAGCUGAAGAAGCUGUAGGGUUUUGUAGAGUUUGCUGGGUGGGGAUUGAACCCAUGGCCUUGUACAUGCUAGACACUCAACCACUGAGCUCCCCACCCACACAUCUCAUGUUGUUGUUUAGGCUCAAGUGAUCCUCCUGUCCCAGCUUCCUGAGUAUCUGGGACUUGGGGUGUGUGCUGCCACACCCAACAAGAGAUGCCAUCUUUAAUAUCUGCCAUUGCUGAGGUAGAGCUUUACAUGUGACUUAGGAGUAUCUUAAACCUAGUCCUUCUGGUUGCUUUGUGAAGGGACAGUCCAGGCAAUCCAGGGGUUAGGACUAAAGCCAUUAAUGUAUUUGUGCCUAACUUCCCAGUGUGACCUGGCCAGGGGCUAAAGGUAGAAGUUGAGUGGACGGACAGGAGGGGCUUCUCCUCCGUUAGUGGCUCAUCGUCACGAAGUGUGCUCCCAGGAGAAGUCGGAAGGUUUCAGAGCAGGGGCGCACUUGAGUAGUUCCCGAAAAAGGCUACGAAGCAUGAUACUUGUUAAGUUGGAUGCAGUUUGACCUUUUACUCCCCGAAUGUUGUUUAUAUUAGAUUUGCUGAUAGAUGUCAUCAUUUCUAUUUUUAUAAUAGCUAAUACUCUUCUGAGUCCUUUCACACGUAUAAUCCUUGUGAGACAGUAGACACUUCAUUCUAUAUUUUUGUUUAUAUUCAGUUGCCCACUUGGCAAAACCAACCUGAAACUGAGAAAAUGGCUGAAUUGAAAGUAGAUGAUGAAAAGUCAGGGGCAGAGAGGUCAGGUAGGGUCAAAGAGACCAGAAUUCACACUACAGGGCAGUGGCGUGAUCACAUUCAAGCUGGACCUCAAAGCCUGGUCCAGAUCAAGACUGAAUUUUCUAUGUAUGUAUGUAUGUCAAGAACACUUGUAAAUGUUUCAUUUUCUCACAGAGGUAGUCUAGUCAUGUUGCUGUAUUCAUGUUUAGCUAUAACUUUCCUCACAUUGAAUAGUGGUGCUGUGAACAUUGUAGUGUGACAUCUGCACUGGGGGUGGGAGGGGCAGUUAUCCAGGGUGAGUUCAUGAAUGAGCAUGAGAGACCAUUGAAGGAAGACCUCAAUGAAGCAAGUUUGCAUGUUGAAUCCCAUUCAGAAAAUGUCCCAGUGAGCCAGUGCCCCCACCAACGGAGAUGGUAGUGUGGCCACUGCAUGAAAACUCAUUCAGGAAAUGUAUAAUGGAUCAGCUUUGCCCUGAGAGAGAAAAACCAAUCCUAAAACUCGUCUUUAAAUACAGACUUUGCUGCAGCAUGUUUUAGAAUAAUCUGGAUGCAUGUACCUUGUAUUUUAGGGAGGCAAAGAAACUGCUCUGGCUUCUUUGUGUAAAUCCAGUCUAAUAAAGCUAUUGCGUAGUUACUCUUUAA